UUCAUAAGCGCGACUACCCUGCCAAUUCAGAGCAGAGCCAUCACUCAUCAGCCAUGUCCACCUAUCUCCCUAAGGACGUGGUUCUCAUAAUCCUCUCCAGGCUGCCCCCAAAGUCUCUUCUCCGAUUCAGAUCCGUCUCCAAAUCCUGGCUCUCCCUCAUCGGCAACCCCAAUUACGUAUCCAAAAACCUCCUCAACCACUCCAUUCUCACCGCCGCCACCGCCCAUCAGCUCCUUCUCGUAAAACUCACCGCCCCAUCCAUUCCCCAAAGGCAGAUUUGCUCUUUCCUCUCCUACCAAACCCUUGCCUUCGCCUCUCAAACUCCUCAAAAUCUUCCCAUACGAAGCCCACGCGGGCUUAGCAUUGUGGGUUCCUGUAAUGGCUUGCUCUGUCUCUUUGAUUACUUCUCCGGCGGUGACAUCUUUGUCUGGAACCCCGCCACUUCAGAGCUUAAGGCCCUGCCUUGCGCGUCCAACGUGGACACUGUAUGCUUCGGCUUCGACCACAAACGAAAUGAGUGUGUGGUUAUGCGGACUCGUUAUGCUCCGGAGCGUGAUCCGCCGGUUUUCAUUACGAACCGGGGAGAUCUUCGUCUGAACCGGGUGGCGGAGGUGUAUAGGCUAAGAAGCGGUGAUUCUUGGAGAAAGCUUAUCGUGGAUGGAGACGUGCCCGAUUGCAACGGACCCAAUUCGCGGUCACGGUGGGCAUAUGCAAAUGGGGUAUGUUACUGGUGGACGUUACGCGGUGUUGAGGAUGAAAAGAUUGUCGCUUUCGAUGUGAGCGAGGAGGUGUUCAGGACGACGCCGUUGCCGGAUGCUAGUGUUCUUGGGAGGCGCAGUGAUGUGAGGGCUCUGAUGGUGCUAAACGAAUGGGUUGCGAUGGUUGUUGUGCGUAAUAAAAGCAAAUGGGAGGGGAAAUUGUUUGAUAUAUGGGUGCUGCUUGAAUUUGGUGUGAAGGAGUCGUGGACUCGGCUUCUGAGGAUUGAAGCUUUUCCCGGUCUGGAAUGGCCGUUGGGUUUUUGGAAGAACGGCGAGUUGUUUAUGGAGAACGGCGAAGGGGAGCUGGUGUUGUAUGACCCUUCUACCCAAACAGUAAGAAAUGUUGAUCAGGUUGAUCAUGGGGUAAAGGAAUCGUUGCAAGUUUUAGCUUACACACCCACUACGGUUUCGUUCGAAGGAGGGCUUUAAGCUUGCAGUACAGCUAAUAAGCUAAUAAUGCAUGAGAUUUUUCUUUGAAUUUUACUUUUUGGAAAAUGAUUUGUGGGGACGAAAAUCGUCCCCAUCACCCUCUUUUUGGUUUUUUAAUCCAAAACAAUCAAAAUUUGUCCUUUGAUGACCAUUGAAGAACAAAUUUCUAUUUAUUUUUUUAUUAAAAAAUAAAAAAAGGUGAUUUUCCGUCCACAUGUAACAGCUCUCUUACUUUUUAGAUUGUUUGAUAUGCAUCAUUAAUGACUUUAAUUUCACAUGGCAAUUGUUUUCGUCAUUUAGGUGAGGGCCCUGAUUCAUGUACAACUCUAUUCUAAUUAUUGCACAACCCCAAGGCACAUUGGGAUUGUGCAAUAGUCAGAGUAAGGUUGUAUUUUUAGCAUUGUCCUUAGGUCAGAUAGAGGGAAUGGGAACUCGACUUUAAUGAAUGACAAGUUGGACUUGAAAAGUCAUCAUAAACAAGUCAUUUUCGUUGUUGUGAACUUACGUAAACAGUUGAAAAAGUGAAGCCCAUUCUCCUGCUCA